GUAGUGGCAUAAGUGUAUAUAUAUAUGCGUAGGUUAUUUAUUUAGUAAAUUCUCCGCUGUUGCUCCACACUGUCAACAUGGAUCCCAGAGGUAUGAUCACUUUGACAAUCAUUCUCCUCUUCUUCAUACACGGUAACCUCAGUCCAGCUCCAGCUGCCCUGGGUUCCAAAAUGAGCAAAUCCUGUUGUACGAAAUACAACAGGAGUCCAGUGCCUGUCCAGCGUAUAGUGGGCUACAGAGAACAACGCUCAACGGAAAUGUGCCGCAUGGAGGCAAUCAUUUUCCUCACGGUAAAGAAGAUUGAGAUAUGCGCAACUCGGCAGGAUGAGUGGGUGAGGAAAACUCUGGAAUCACUCAGUACCAGACUGAAGAAGAUGUCCAAGACUGGUCCAGCUACACCAAAGAAAAAAGGAAAUGAAAGUGGAUCUAUCAUCACUACCACAGAAUCAUUCCUCAACAACACUGAAAGUUUCUAUUAGUAAAAGAAAAAAAAAGAGAUAGAGGUGGUGGCCUUAGAGAGUUGCUGUUAAAUAAUUCAUAAAUUCGAGUGCCAAUUUGAGAGAAAUUGAAUCUACUGUACUCAAAUUAUGUUGGUGAUGUUAUCUCUGAAAAAGUAAAAGAAAUGGUUAUUUCUUUCAUUUGCCUUAACAUAUGCAGGAUCAGCCCUAAUACUUCAUUAUCAUGAAGGGGAACCUGAGAAGAACAGCUUUGACGUAGAUUAAGUACUUAGCCAUGAUUUAGUGAGAUUUUUUUAAAUUGUGCUUUUCUCACUAUGCUGUUUCCUUCCCUGCUGUCAAUCUGCUUAAUCAUGUUAAUCAGCCAAUGUAGAAUAUAAUCAUGAACAAAUAAAUUUUCUUGACAAUAAUCCAA